UCUACGGCUCGCCCGACUUGUUAUCCCAUCGAGCCCACGGCAGCAUGUCGGGAUUAUCGUGAUCUGGGCGAUUCGGACGUGCCGGCAUUAUCCUCUUUGACCGCUGCUUCGACAUCGUCUGCCGACCGAUUCUCUUCCGUCUGUUGUCGAGCGGCUCCAGCUCGCAUACGACCCUAUCUGAAGGCGCGCGACGAUGAGAAAGUAAUCAAUCACAUCCCUUCGGGAAUGAGGCACGACGGACUGCUUUUCUGAUUUUUUGCGAUAAUAGUGUAAUAAUGGAGUCCUCCAUUUCUGUUUUAAUUAAUUUCCGCAGACGGAAGUCCAUAUCCUCCUGGAGGUCAUCCAUGGUGGUUAUGGCCGUCUAUCACCACCAAGAUUCCCACUCGGUUUUCACUAUAACGAUCCCCCCUUUGACUGAUGCGUGGCGUAAGGCGCAACGCCUUAGUUGAUUACCAAGUCGGAGACGGGGCGAUUGGCUUUUGCUCUGCCUAUCUUGCCAGCCGCCUGCCGGCUAACGGUCGACCGCUUCAUUCAGUUUCGCGCUUCCGUUAUUCAUCCUCCUAACACUGCGAUCUCUUUCUCUGCUUCUUCUCUUCUUCUUUCUCUUCUCCUCCCCUCCUCUUCUUCUUCUCUUUUUCUUCUCUUCUUCUUCUUCUCUUCUUCUUCUCUUCCAUGCCUCCCUGACUGUCCGUCAGUAUCGAAUAUGGAACAGUAUGGGUCGAUUGCUAUCGCGACACGCACCUGUCCCUUUCACCUACUUGCUGAGCCUGCAAGGGGAGCGUCUUUCUCUUACCAUCAGGCCGUUGAUAGCAACACCUAUCAUCGUGGCGGUCUAUCUCCUUCUCCUCCUCCUCCUCCUCCUCAUCAUCAUCAUCAUCAUCAUCAUCAUUAUCAUUAUCAUCAUCAUCAUCAUCAUCUUCUGAAGGUAGUGAGGCGCACACGUCGGGCCUAUAUGAUUAAAUCAGGGCUUGAUAGACCUGGUACAGUGACCAGGCUGAUCGAAUCAGGAGCAAUUGGCGGGCUGGUUGGAGAAGAAGCCAUUUUUGGCCAAGGCCGAUCCAGAUCCCGACCUCCGCCACUCUCUUCCGCUUUCUCCGCUUCGUUGGGCUUAGAGAGGGAAGGGAGACACAGAUGCUGGGCUCCGAAGAGGGGCUGGGAACUAGACUGGGGGAUUCUCGGACAACGAGUACGGGCAGAAGGUGAACCAUCUGGAACAGUCUCUGCACCAAGCGCGUUGGUUGAGGCACGGCGGGAAAGACGCAGCACUUUCAGGUGCGCCGGCACAGGUGGGUACUAUGCAGGAACCGACGGAAUCUCCUGCCUCCGACAAGUCUGUCACCCUGACGAACGUUUCUUACGCCCGCUCUCGACUGCCCGGCGCAACGAAAAUGCCGGAAUGUAUGAUCGUGCAGGUCCAUCACUAGGAGGAGGAGGAGGAGAUCAAUCAGGCGGUCGAGGGCGAUGUCAUCAGACUUUAAGGCGCCCUCGGCCGCAAACGACUGACGGAUAUGGGUGCAACACGAGCCGUUGGAUUCAGACUUCAACAAUUGGCUGCGCGAGGGAACCGGGGGUGGUCGCGGAAGAAGUGGUGGAACAACACGAGGCGCUGGAUUCAGAAGGAGGCGGUAAGGAGACGAAAGCGCACGAUCAUGCGGCGUCGGGAUCGGGUGGCAAUUCGUUGCUGGGACAGCUGAGCGGCUACCUGGAGACAGAAGAGGAGGGGGAGGAGGGGAAGGAGAAGGGGAAGGAGAAAGUAAAGGGCGAUGGAGGCAGUCGAGAGACGCAGCAGAGUUUCCUCCUGAACCAGACCGCCAUGUCAGCGCCGAACGCGAAUCACGAGACUGAGACAGAUUCUAACCCUCCUGAUCAUCAUCACAAUCUGUCGGGGAAUGGUCGCACAACAUUCGAUUCCUCCUGCUCAGCCACGUGUCAUUCGCCAGCGUCAGCGUCAUCUUCAUCUGUUUCGACUAACGGAUCUGGAGCAGCAGCAAAUUCGGACGCAGCAGAAUCAGCAACAGCAGGAGGAGGAGGAGGAGGAAAAGAUCCUUAUGGCCGAGGAUCGGCACCAUCAGCGGCAGGAAUAGGAGCGGCGGUAGCAGAAGGAAGAGGAGGAGGAGAAAGAAGACAUCUUGAUGGACCAGGAUUAGCAACAACUGCAGCAGCAGCAGCGGCAGGAGGAGAAGGAGGAGAAGGAGGAGAAGGAGGAGCAAGAAGAGAUCUCGAUGUGGUAGCAGCAAGAGAAUCAGCAGCACCAAGAAACGUAGAGAAAGCGGAAGCAACAACAACAGAUGGAGGAGGAGGAGGAGGAGGAGAAAGAGGUGCUGCUGUACUUAGAUCAGAGCUGCCAGCGGGACUCGAUCGCUCGCCGUCUGCAGAGCAGCCAGACGCGGAGCCGAGAAGAAGAAGCAGGGGACAAGCUUCAGUCUCAACGACAGGACUAAGCUUGCUUAGGAAUAGCGCUGUUGUUGACUCAAAGGACGAUCCGGAAGAUGAAGCCAUUGAUCAAAAGGUUCUGGUAUGGGACUUUGUUAAACUUACCGUGCGAUUCGGGGGACCUGCUCUCGGAAUCUGGUUAGCAAAUCCGAUCAUGAACCUCGUUGGCACGGCCAUUGUUGGGCGCACCUGCGUUCUUCAGCUAGCCGCCUUGGGUCCCGGGUCCGUCCUCUGCGACCAGGUUGCCUACGCCUUCACCUUUCUCUCGGGGUUGACGUCAACACUGGUUGCGACCUCUGCCGCCAAAGGAGAGUUGAGGAAAACCGAGCGGCACGUCUCGGACUUGCUCGGGGUCUCACUCGCCUGCGGCUGUCUGCUGAUGCUCUUCGUUGCGCGCAGUUCCCCCGGGUUCAUCGCGGGCUUUGUCGGGGACAAGGGCCGCGGGCUGAUCCCCUUGUCCUUGUCGUACGUGUCUAUUCGGAACCUGGGAUGGCCGGCGCUUUUGACAACGUCAGUCUGUCAGAGCACCAACUUAGCGUUCCAAGACUCGUGGAACCCGGUGAAAGUUUUGGCCGCCGCCAGCGCGCUCAAUCUCUUGGGCGAUAUCGCAUUUUGUGUGUGGAGCGACAAUGGCAUCGCGGGUGUGGCGUGGGCGACCGUGGUGUCGCAGUACGUGGCGGCAUUGCUGAUGCUCAGCGCGGUACGGAAGCUAAAUCGAAUCAGAUUGCGAAUCAGUUGGCCCUCUUGGCGGGACUUCCGUGUAUACUUCAACAUAGCUUGGCCUAUCUUUUUGGUGACUGUGGGAAAGACGUCGUUCUAUGCCUUGCUUGGCUAUUCUGCUAUGGGCAUUGGGACCUCGGCAAUGGCUGCCCACCAGGUGAUGAAGAGUAUUUUUGUGAUAAACUCGGUGUGCGGAGAACCCCUCUCUCAAACUGCACAGACUUUCAUGCCCUUGUACAUUCAUUCUUCUGACCCCAAAUACAGGAAGAGGACCCCCCUCCUUCUCAAGUCCGUAUUGGCCAUUGGAUGGGUUCAAGGCCUAGUCACCGGAACGGUGGCGGCGCUUAUUUCUUGGCAAUUUGCCCAUGCCUUCACACGAGACCCAGCCGUGGUGUCCGAGAUGAGGAGAGUAUGCCUUCCUCUCUUCUUUGCACUCCUGUUUUCUGCUGUUAAUAUCUUUCUCGAAGGGGUUUUACUCUCCCUUCGUGAUGUACACUACUUGGCCCUCAGCAUGUUUCUCAGCCUCUUCGCUGGGGCCUGCUGGCUAAAAUUGGGCACUUUCCUCGGGCUCGGCAUCGGCUGGGCCUGGUGGGCUCUCGUUGUUUUUCAAGUCGCAAGAAUUACAUUUGUGGGGGCAAGGGUUUGGAUCAGAAUGAGGACCAUCAUCAGCGAUGAUGCAGUACCUCAUGAUUCCUCGUCGUGAAAACUUCCAACUUUUCAAUCAAACUGCUGGCUCAUUCUCUUCCUCAUCUUCAUCGCCUGCUUGACCCUGAGUGAUGGGAUGUCGAAGUGUGGUAAUAAUUGGAUGCCAGACUGCCUGGAUGCCCUUCUUUUAUGUUCCUUUGCACAUUUAGGUCCUUCCAUCCUCAACCCCAUCUCUCCUUCAGUUGCCUCAGCACAGCACCUUUUUCAAACUCUCUCAGAGUCUCCAAUCCUCACCCCCAGUUCUCCUUAGAUUCCUCUUAGUACUAAUAUGUAGCAGUAAUACUCAGACCCCUGAUCUGUUGGGCCCAUUAGCGGCCCUUUGGCUGGUUGGCUCCACUAUUUUCCCACUCCGCAGAUUCAGCACCCAGGUCUGUCGUACACGAGCCAUUUCGAUCCAGUAGCACUGUUCAUCCAAAGUCUUCAGAAUAUCGCCUUCUCAAUUCUUGACUUUGCCUGGGAAAGGGACCCCUGAUCUGUUGGGCCCAUUAGUGGCCCUUAGCCCGGUCGGCUCGCCUGCUUUCCCACUCUGCAGAUUCCACACCCAGGUCUGUGGGUACACGAGCCGUUUUGAUCCAGUAGCACUGGCACUGUUCAUCUGAAAUCUUUAGAAUGCUGCAUUCUCAAUUCUUGACUUUGCCUGGAAGGAGCAAACUUAGUGUGGUUCGAUUCGUACAACCUUCCUCAAUUCUACCCUCAGUUUCAACCUUCCUCAAUUCUACCCUCAGUUUAAACCCUCGAGGGGUGAACUCCAGUUUAAACUGAGGGUAAUAGGGCUCUUCCUGGGAUAAAAAACCUGGAAAAGA